AUGCUAGCUGGCUUUGCUGCCACAGCCUAUUCGCAUCCGAUUAGCAAUGUCAUUGAGAAGAUCGACGACGACACCUUCAGAACUGCCCUCAAAACAUUAUGGACUGAUCCUGGAGUUGCUCAGCAGGCAGUCCACAAGUACGAUCCCGAAGACUUUUCCGACUAUGAAUAUCCUGCAGCCGCCAACAUUGCCCUCCAGAAUAUGGAGAAGAGUAUAAAGGAGGUUAAGGAUUCUGGAGCCCUCAGCGUGGCUGGUGUUGUCGACAUCCUGCUGCUCUAUCGAGAUUUAGGGACUGUGACUAAAACCCUACUCGAUGAGAUCAUUGCCAGGAAACCUGUUAUUGAGAAGAUCUCCAAAUGCGAGGCCUCCAGAUGA